AUGCAAACGGCACAGGAAAAGAAGCCGGAAUCGUUGACGGAAAACGAGGUUCCGUACCCAAAGGGUGGGGUCGGCGACCGAACCAACCAAGUGAAGCAUGUUGUAAGCAGUUUUGGUUGGCCGCACUCUUCAACGACCGGGGAAGUUUUAUGGGCAAUUGAAACUUCCUGGAAGAUGGAUAAACAAAUUCGCUAUCCGCAA